ACGGAUGGCAAAAACGUUUCCGUGAAUUUUAUUUGACAGCGCCUGGGGGGGGGGGCGCCCGUGCGUCAUUGACAUGAGUGUUCCCGGAAGUGUCGUGUGUUAAAGACAGUAGGGAAGAGCAGAACCCUGACUGUAUUUAUGUAACAGCGCUGAAGCCGGUGUUCUGCCUUUGAGUGGACAUUUAUCUACCGUCUUGUCAUUCAGUGAGCUCCGAGGUGCAGGCACCAGAAUUCAUACAGGGGCGUCUAUACGUAGAAUUAUCUAGUCUCCGUCCCUAUUUAUCUGUAUUUAUAUAUAUUUAUCCCUGUACUACCUGAUGAGACCCGACUUUGUGUUGAUUUUGGCCUAGGGGCAGUGUUGUUUAGGCCAGUAGUUUGUAUUUAUACUCCGUGUGACCAAUUACAGCCAGAGAAAGUGUUCAUUUGUAGUCUCAUCAUUAGAGUCGUAGCCCCGCACAGGUGUUGGUAGCUGCUAAAGUGCUUGCUUAGUACUAAUAGUAGAGAUGACAACCCGCUCAGAGAGGGAAAAGGCUCAGAAGCUGAAUGAGCAGCAUCAGGCCAUCUUGUCCAGGAUGCUCCGCGAGGAUGACAACAAGUAUUGUGCUGACUGUGAGGCAAAAGGUCCUAGGUGGGCUUCCUGGAACUUAGGGGUUUUUAUCUGCAUUCGUUGUGCUGGAAUUCAUAGAAACCUUGGAGUUCACAUAUCAAGAGUGAAAUCGGUUAAUUUGGAUCAAUGGACUCCCGAACAAAUUCAGUGCAUGCAGGAUAUGGGAAACACAAGGGCAAGACAGAAAUAUGAAGCAAAUCUACAGGAAAACUUCAGAAGACCUCAAACUGAUCAAUCUGUGGAAUUCUUUAUCAGGGAUAAAUAUGAAAGAAAGAAAUACUAUGACAAAAAUGCAACUGUCCCUGGAAUAACGUCGUCUUCUGAUGCUGUGCAGCCCUCGGCAUCCUCUCCUUCUCUGCAAUCUGCUGCUGAAAAAAGCAAAUUUGAGAAAGAAAAGGACAAGAAAAAGGAAGAAAGGAAAAAAGAAAAAGAGAGAGACCCCGAAAAAACGUUUAAACCUGUAGGAGCUGAUAAGUUAUUGAAAAAGGAACUGCCAUUAGAGGUUAAAGCCAGUCCAAAGAAGUCUCCUGAACUGACCGUUGAUCUGCUGGGGCUUGAUGCUCCAGCUGAAGUACCUGUUUCAAAUGGAAAUACAUCGACAGCAGCAGUAAAUGAUGACUUAGAUAUAUUUGGUCCAAUGGUCUCUAACCCCAUUCCUGUUUCAGCUACUCUUCCAACACAGGUGACUUCUACCAACCCUGUAAGUAGCACUAUAGCUUCGUCAUCUGGUGACCUGGAUUUGUUUACAGAUCAGACAACAAAAUCUGAAGACACACAAAAAAAGCCAUUGUCUAAAGACUCCAUCUUGUCUCUUUAUGGCACAACAAAUAUGCAGCAACAAAACACUACAGGGAUGUUUAUGGGUUCUUCACCCAUGCCAUAUGCAGCACAACCAGCUACCAAUUUCCAAGCAUUUCCCUCCAUGGGGGUUCCUAUUGCUACUGCUGGUAUAAUGGGAAAUAUGAUGGGGCCAUCGAUACCAGGCAUGGGACAGAAUGCUGGGAUGAUGGUAGGAAUGGGUAUGCCUAAUGGCUUUGUGGCAAAUGCCCCAACUGGUGUUAUGGGACUUCCACCAUCCAUGAUGGGGCCGCAAGCUGGAAUGGUGGGAAAUAUGGCCACACCACCAAAUAAGUUUGGAAUGCCACAAAAUCAACCAUCUCCUUGGAACCUUUCUCAGAUGAAUCAGCAAAUGAGUGGACUUAACCUUAACGGAGCAAGCAAUAUGAUGGCUUUUGGUCAACCAGCUAACACUGUAGGAGGAUGGGCUGGGAAUGCCUCUGGUCAGACUCUAAGCACACAACUGUGGAAAUAAAAGGAACUACUGAGACUUCAUGGACAUUCAUAGAACAUUCCUGGCUUUGAUGCACAUGAUACUUUGUUUUACCCAUGUAUAUAUCCUUUUGCUUUCUCUUCCAAACGGUGAUGAAAAAAAAAACAGACACUUUUUCAGCCUCUUUAGUUUGUGGUUGAAUCUGAUUGUGGUGAAAAGCAGUUCUAGGAUACAUUUACAUAUCACUGUAAAAAAAUGUUCUGUUGAUUUCACAUCUAACCUAAGGAAACUGCUUAACCUACAUAUCUGAUUAAUAUUGAUCAAAAUUACUUUUAUUACAUAUAAGGGACUGAGAUAUCAUGUCACUAGUAUCUUAUUAAAAAAACUCUUCCUCACUUUUUA